AUGAAGCUGCGGCGGGGCGCGCUGCGGGCGGCCCUGGGGCUGGCGCUGCUGCCGCUCCUGCCGCUCCUCAGGCCGGCGAGCGCCGUGGAGCCCAUCAGCCUGGGGCUGGCGAUCGCGGGCGCCGCCGCCUCGGCCCUUACCGGCUUCAUCUCCUACCCGCGGCUCUACUGCUACUUCAGGGAGUGCUGCCUCCAGCGGCACGACCAGCGCGCCGCCGCCGCUCUGCAGGAGAAUUUGGACAGGAAGCUGUUCGGGCAGCACCUGGUGAACAAGGCGGUUGUAAAGGCCGUGAAAGGCUUCUUGAACAACAGCAACGCCAAAAAGCCUCUUGCCCUUUCCUUGCACGGGUGGACUGGAACAGGCAAAAACUUUGUCAGUAAGAUAGUUGCCGAAAGCAUUUAUAAAAGAGGUCUGCAGAGUAAAUAUGUCCAUCAGUUCGUGGCAACUUUACACUUUCCUCACGCUCACAGCAUCAAUCUCUACAAGGACCAGUUGCAGUCGUGGAUUCGGGGAAAUGUGAGCAUCUGUCCUAGAUCACUCUUCAUAUUUGAUGAAAUGGAUAAAAUGCAUGCAGGACUCAUUGACUCCAUCAAGCCAUUCCUGGACUACUAUGAGCUUCUGGAUGGGGUGUCUUACCGACAAGCCAUCUUCAUAUUCCUCAGCAAUGCAGGAGCUGAAAAGAUAACAGAGGUGGCACUAGAUUUUUGGCGAGACGGAAGGACAAGGGAAGAUAUACAGCUUACAGAUAUCCAAAAUGCACUGUCUGUGUCCGUCUUCAAUAACAAAAAUAGUGGAUUUUGGCACAGCACCUUGAUUGAUAGAAAUCUCAUUGACUACUUUGUUCCCUUCCUGCCUCUGGAAUACAAACAUGUGAAAAUGUGUGUCAGGGUUGAGAUUGAAUCACGUGGCUAUGCUGUGGAUGAAGACAUUUUAACCAGAAUAGCCGACGAGAUGACCUACUUCCCCAGAGAGGAGAGAAUUUAUUCAGAUAAAGGAUGUAAAACUGUGGAUGCAAAGCUGGACUAUUACUAUGACUUCUAACGCUUUAUUGCUACAACCUGCAAAGAAGCAAAUUUAACUUAAUCACAAAGUGGAGAACCCACGACAUUUCAUUUUUAAGCACUUUUUAAAGAAAGGAACAGUAUUUUUUAACUGGUGUGUAAAUAAGCGGCAGUGCCUCUGCAUUUUUAUUCCAUCACUAGUCACGGCUCCCAAGUACUUCAGCCUUGUGUUGUGAAGGUAAGAACGAACUGCGUUGUGAAUGUGGGGGUCUGUGUCUGACAGUGCCGAAGACUCCUCUGGGAUCAUGUGUCGAUGGUCAGAACCGUUUGGCAGACUAUUGGCACGUAUAGAAGGACUGAGACUAUGACCUAAUUUUAAUUGGAUUUUGGUUUGAUGUGGGUGAUCUCUAGACAAUAUUGAGAAUUUUAAUCAAAGUUCCUAUGUCUGCGAAAGCCUUCACUGGGCUUGUGUGGGAAUAUUCCUGUAACUGCAUUAAAAGUAGGUUAUGUGUCUUUUCUCCUUGAACAGCUUGGCUCCGGUAAAGAUAAGGGGGGAUUCUGUAAUUAAAAAAAUCCAGAGUCUUCUAUCCAACAUCAUGCAGUACCAUUGUCUUUCUCAAAACAGUGGUAUAAUUUGGUCUCCUGCAUGUCAAACCAAGAAUAUGAAACUCUUUGGUGUGAACAGUGUUCAGAGGGCGGACUUAAUAUUACAAGGCAGUGAGUUAAAGUCCUUGACUGCCACAUCAGUGUAUUUGGUUCCUAUUUUUGGUUAUUUUUUUAUGUAUAAAGUUUCCCACAGCAUGCUCUUCCAGGAGUGAUCUCAGGAGGAAGAAAAGUGUGCUUUCUGACUGGUUGAGUCAGCUUCAUGGAAAGGGUGUAACUUAAUGGGAAACAUGUACAGGUUAAAUUUUACACCAAGGAAAUGGAAAAGAAGUUUCUCCUCUUCGCCUACAUGUAGAAUUCAGGGGUCAGCUUGCAGGGUUUUCCCUUUUUCUUACAAUACUGUAUGCCUUUGAGGCAGGGAUGAAGACAGAUCCAAAGGCAUUUGAAAAAAAAUGUGAAAUGUGUCAACUGACCGUGAAGUGUGAGACUUGUUUCUGAAUGUCAGCACUGCAGGGGCUUUUUUUCACUCCAGUUUCUGUUCAAAAUAAACUUUUCUCAUCAGAAAUGUA